ACAAAGAUGUGGAAAGAGUUGUAGAUUAAGAUGGAUAAAUUAUUUGAGGCCUGAUUUGAAGAGAGGCAUGUUUUCUCAACAAGAGGAGGAUCUUAUAAUCACUCUCCAUGAGGUUCUUGGAAAUAGGUGGGCACAGAUUGCAGCACAGUUACCAGGAAGAACAGAUAAUGAGAUAAAGAAUUUCUGGAAUUCAUGUCUGAAGAAGAAGCUAAUGAAGCAAGGGAUUGAUCCAACUACACACAAGCCUCUUCAUAAUCAUGAAGAAGACAAAGAUAAUGAUAUUAAUAAUAAUAAUAAUAAUAAUAAUAAUAAUAAUAAUAAUAAUAAUACAACAACACAAGCAGCAUGUUCUUCUUCUUCUUCCAUGGCAAUGUUAGAUGGAAUUAUUGGAGGAGUUUCAUCAUUAUCAUCAUCAUCAUUAUUAUUAGACCCUUUGACAUGCUUGGAUUUUUCUCAUCAUCAUCAUGAAAACUAUGGAUUAUUAUUCUCUUCAAUGCCAAGCCUAGAAAUGAAUAAUAAUAAUAAUAAUAAUAAUAAUAAUAAUAAUAAUAAUAAUGCAUUGCUCUCAUCAACAUCAUCAUGGGAUUGUUGUAGUAAUGAAGAGGAGAAUAACAAGUUAGAAUCUUUGUUUCAGUUUCAUCAUCAACAAGUCAAUGCAAUCAAAUCUGAGCAGGAAUUCAAUACAAAUUAUAAUAAUGUGCAGCAGAAUUCAAUGCAAGAAGAUUUCAUCAGCAGCUAUAAUAAUUUAAGGUCACUCUCAUCAGAAGAUCUAUCAGCAGCAGCAGCAGGACCAAAUUUUGAUGUAUUCCACCAGAUAUGAUUAUUCAUCAACUGUAACCUUUUUUUAUUAUUUUUUUUCGAAUGCAAGUUAUUUUUAUGUGAAAUUAAUAAUUGAGAACUGUUAGAUGACAAUUUAAUUGAAUCUGUCAAAUUAUCUAACGAUUUUCGAUUAUCAACUUCACAUGAAAAUAAUACUACGCGAGUUUUUUACUUUUUUUUUCUUUAAUUUGAUUACUUUAUCCUCUUUUUUUAUUAAAUAUAAUUUUUAAUUUUUUUUUCUUUAAGGUAGAGAGAGCAUAGAAUUAUUAAGUGAUAAGUUAGCAUAGGAAAUUUCUUGCCAAACAUUUUAAAACUAUUAUU